AUGUUGGAUGACUUUAAACUUUGGUAUUUGGGAGACCAAAGUGGAAGGGGUGGAGUUGACAUAGUGGUGGAUAAAGACUUGAAGAACAAUGUGGUAGAUGUUAAAAGAGUUGGGGACAAGAUCAUAUCCUUAAAGCUAGUGUUAGAUAAAGAAGUGGUUAACAUUAUUAGCGUUUAUGUUCCGCAAGCAGGAUUGGAUGAGAGUUACAAGCUACAAUUUUGGGAACACAUGGAUGAAUUGAUGCAUAAUUUUAGAUCGGUUGAAAAAAUUAUUAUGGGAGGCGAUCUAAACGGACACAUUGGGAAGGAUAGGAGAGAUUAUGUAGAGGUGCACGGAGGCUUUGGAGUUGGGGAGAGAAAUGAGGAGGGAACCUCAGUUCUGGACUUUGUUGUCACAUAUGAUCUAUCCAUUGCUAACAUGCUUUUCACUAAAAGGGAAGAACACUUAAUUACUUACAAAAGUGGACAGCAUGCCAGUCAAAUAGACUUUUUCCUCACUAAAAGACAUGACAAAUGGAUGUGUAAGGCUUGUAAGGUCAUACCUGGGGAGAGUUUAACCUCUCAACAUAAGUUGUUGAUCUUGGACAUGUGCUUCAAUUUACCAAAGAAGAAAACAAGGAAUCAAGUGUGCCUUAAGGUUAGGUGGUGCAGAUUGAAAGGAGAGUCAGUAGGGUGCUUUAGAGAUAAAAUGGUGAAGCAUGAAAAGUGGGAUCGGGAAGGGGACGCCAACAUGAUGUGGAAUGUAAUGAUAAAAUGCAUUGAGAAAGUUGCUAAGGAGGUUCUAGGGGUGGCUAAGGGUACUAAGUUGGCCCCUAGAGAGACUUGA